AUGCCUAUCAAAGCGUCCGAGGUUGAAGGAGAGCACGGAGAAGAGAACAUUUCACUUAUGCAGGCCACUUCUAAAAGCCUGAAUGCUUCUGUAUGGCCAAUUUUCUGUCUUGCAACUCCUGGCGAGGAUUCGAGCCCAGCAUGCGCUGAUUCACAGCAUUCCUUCAGCCACAUAACACUGGAGUCGGUGAGUACUACGGACAGCUUCGGAACAUUCUCGAAAACAGUUAUAGUCCAACAGCCGCUGCCAGAACUUGAAAAUAAUGUCAAUUCCAUUUGUUCCAGGCGCAUGGACGGAGGAUUCACGCCUGCUGGUCUCGAACCUCUCGCCAACAUACACACUCAUUCUCCACUCAACCCUAAUUGGAAUCAUACAGAUAGAGGUGGACUGCCUUUUCGAGACAGGCUAGCCACUUGUCUCCGUGGCAUGGCAACCAAGGAAAUCGACGUACCGUUCUACCCCUUCGUCCCUUCGUGGCUCGCCUCUCCUCAGCCCGCCCUCCGUCCGACUGACUCCACAUCAACUGCCCAAGCGGACGGUGACAACAACUGGCCAUCGAGGCAAGACUGCUCGCCUGACUCCUUCGUGGGUGUGAGUCGUCAGCCUCAAGAGCCGCUCUUUGUUCCCAUGACUUGGGACCGAGGACAGGGCACAUGUGGGAAUACGGUCGCAGUUGGACGACAGUCACACGCUCGUCCACCAACGUGUGAACGUUUGGACAACAGAAAGUGUUGUGCGAAAAGGCAGCAAUUGAAAGAGGAAUUAAGGCCUCGAAGUAUAAUCGGAUUUCCGAAUGGGGCUGAUGAAUCGGGUCGCUUUUAG